AACAGAUUCUAGGAGGUGCAAAACCAACAGAUGGCUCCUAGCGCCGGUAAUCGUCAGUGGAAUCUGCUACGCUCGAAAUCAGCUUGCUUGCCGGCGAGGAGUGUAGAAAGUGCUGUUCGCUAACUGCGUGGUGAAGGAGAGAAAGCGAGAGAAGAGAGAGCCAUAAUGCUGACGUUGAAGGCCCGGCCCUGUGAGGUUGCAUAGGAUCCGCUCGCUUAACCAGUGCGCUGGCGAGACGCGCUCAGAUAGACCGAGCGAGCGCUGAGCAGCAGUCUCAGAUCCUGACGGUGCAGCAGCCCGCAGCCUCAGCCAGGGAGUCCCAGCCGCUUUCAAUGGAGGAGAAGCCCGGCCAGCCACAGCCUCAGCACCAUCACAGCCACCACCAUCCGCACCAUCACCCCCAGCAGCAGCAGUCGCACCACCACCACCAUUAUUAUUUCUACAACCACAGCCACAACCACCACCACCACCACCAUCACCAGCAGCCUCACCAGUACCUGCAGCAUGGAGCCGAGGGCAGCCCCAAGGCCCAGCCCAAGCCGCUGAAACAUGAGCAGAAACACACCCUCCAGCAGCACCAGGAAACGCCGAAGAAGAAAACAGGCUAUGGUGAAGUAAAUGGUAAUGCCGGAGAGAGAGAGAUAUCUUUAAAGAGCCUCAGUUCUGAUGAAGCUACUAACCCUAUUUCUAGGGUCCUCAAUGGCAACCAGCAAGUUGUAGACACUAGCCUGAAGCAGACUGUAAAGACCAGCACCUUUGGAAAAGCAGGAAUUAAAACCAAGAAUUUUAUUCAGAAAAACAGUAUGGACAAAAAGAAUGGGAAGUCUUAUGAAAAUAAAUCUGGAGAGAACCAGGCUAUAGAUAAGACCGACACUGUAGCAAUUCCAAAUGGCGUUAUAACAAAUAAUUCAGGCUAUAUCACUAAUGGUUAUAUGGGCAAAGGAGCAGAUAAUGAUGGUAGCGGAUCUGAGAGUGGAUACACCACUCCUAAAAAAAGGAAAGCUAGGCGCAAUAGUGCCAAGGGCUGUGAAACCCUUCAUUUAGUGCAGGACAAAAUAAUGCAGGAGACUAGUGUCCCGGCAUUAAAACAGGGACUUGAAAGUUUAAAGCCUGACUCUAGUGAACAAAAGGGAGCUCGAGCAGAUAGUUCGAAGCCUAUUUGGAAGUAUGAAACUGGACCUGGAGGAACGAGUCGUGGAAAACCUGCUGUGGGUGACAUACUCCGUAAAAGCUCAGAUAUUAAACCUGGUUUGAACAGCAAAAAGUUUGAUGACCGGCCUAAAGGAAAGCAUGCCUCAGCUGCUGCCUCCAAAGAGGACUCGUGGACCUUGUUUAAACCACCCCCAGUUUUUCCAGUGGACAAUAGCAGUGCUAAAAUAGUUCCUAAAAUAAGUUAUGCAAGCAAAGUUAAAGAAAACCUCAACAAAACUGUACAGAACUCUUCUGUGUCACCAUCCUCCUCUUCAUCUUCAUCAUCUACUGGGGAAACUCAGACCCAACCUUCAAGCCGAUUAUCCCAGGUCCCCAUGUCAGCUCUGAAAUCUGUUACUUCUGCCAACUUUUCUAAUGGGCCUGUUUUAGCAGGAACUGAUGGAAAUAUGUAUCCAUCAGGGGGUCAGCCACUGCUAACUACUGCUGCUAAUACUUUAACACCCAUCUCUACUGGGACUGAUUCAGUUCUUCAGGACAUGAGUCUGACUUCAGCAGCUGUUGAACAAAUUAAGUCUAGCCUUUUUAUCUACCCUUCAAAUAUGCAAACGGUGCUGUUAAGCACUGCACAAGUAGAUCUGCCCUCUCAGACAGAUCAGCAAAACCUGGGGGAUAUCUUCCAGAAUCAAUGGGGUUUAUCAUUUAUAAAUGAGCCCAGUGCUGGCCCAGAGACUGUUAUUGGAAAGUCAUCAGAUCAUAAAGUGAUGGAAGUGACAUUUCAAGGAGAAUAUCCUGCCACUUUGGUUUCACAGGGUGCUGAAAUAAUUCCCUCAGGAACUGAGCAUCCUGUGUUUCCCAAGGCUUAUGAGCUGGAAAAACGGACUAGUCCUCAAGUUCUGGGUAACAUUCUAAAACCCGGGACUACUGAGAGUGGAGCCUUAUCCUUGGAACCCAGUCAUAUAGGUGACCUGCAAAAAGCAGACACCAGUAGUCAAGGUGCUUUAGUGUUUCUCUCAAAGGACUACGAAAUAGAAAAUCAAAAUCCUCUGGCCUCUCCCACGAACACUUUGUUAGGCUCCGCCAAAGAACAGAGAUACCAGAGAGGCCUAGAAAGGAAUGAUAGCUGGGGUUCUUUUGACCUGAGGGCUGCUAUUGUAUAUCACACUAAAGAAAUGGAAUCUAUAUGGAAUUUGCAGAAGCAAGAUCCCAAAAGGAUAAUCACUUACAAUGAAGCCAUGGAUAGUCCAGAUCAAUGAAGGACCAGACUGCCUAUUUGUAACCUUUCUGCAGCAUUAGAGCCACCGUUCAUGGGGGACACAAGGCUUUUAUGCUCCUAGAUCUUCAACGCAGCAGAGGAACCAUAAGUAGAAUCACAGGAUAAUAUAUACAAAUAUAUAUAUAUACAUAUAUAUAUAUAUAUAGUUAUUUAAAAAAAGGCAACUGAAAGUAAUUAGACUUCUUAAGGAAUCAAAUUUAUUUCAAGAGACUACACAUGGUUAUUUAAUCUCCGGUACUGAAUAGUCUUUUUCUUUUAUUUUGUUAGUUUUUGUUUUUAAGUGUGAAUGCAAGUGAUUAAUGAAUACAGACUUAACAAGCGUGGUUCUAAAGUUCCUGCUGUCAUCGACUUGGGCAACAAAUGACCCACUGGAAAGGCAAAUCCACUUACUAGAUCUCUGUAUCUUGUUCUGUGACUAAAGUGAUACACUAAUCACAGGGAACCCAGAAUGAUGCAACAUUUCCCCCUACUCCGCCCUUGAUCUUUUAGUUUUAUUUUGAGCCCUGCGAGAAUGCUGGAUAAAUGCCUUGAAGUUUGCAGGGAUGUUUUUUUGUUGUUUGUUUUUUGUUUUUGUUUUUGUUUUAAUCCAAUGAUUUGCAUGUCUUGCCAGGAGUUGUGCAGCCUCUGUGGGGUGUUGGGGAAAUAGUUCCUUCCUUUCCUUUUAUUUUUUUGUGGGGUGAGCACAGGGGGAGGGCAUUGAAGUUCCUGGAAUAGUUUGUGGGUACAUAGUUAACUUACUUUGGUUACAUGUUUUGACUUUUAACAGCUGACAAAUCCAAGAAUGUCAUUUAAAGAAAAGUUGCAGAACAAGUAAUUGGCUGAUAAAUUAUCCAUUGUAAUUGUGUAACUGGGAGCAAAAAUAUAUUCUGCUUUUCGCUGUAGGUGCUCAGACUUGCUCUCCGUCACUAACACUAAAUGUGUACUCUGGUUUUUCAUCAAACAUCUAAGAGAAACUUAUGUAUCUUUCUGUAAAUUCUUUUAAUUUCAGUUUCUCAGCAAAAUCUAAAACGGAAAAGUUCAUGAAAAAAAUGUUUGUUUUUAGCCAGUGAGGAGGUAAUAAACACUGCUUGUAGAAAGUGUGUUUUCAUGCAAAUUCUACUUCUGAGCUUACUAGCUUCUAAUUAUAUGGUAAUAUAUUUUAUUAUUAGAGCAAGAUGGAUUUUUUUAAGGAAAAUAAUGUGAAAUUCUGAAAAUUUGGUUUGGGGCAAAAAAGAGCAUUAGCCCUGUCUUAUCAUCGCAUUACCAUCCUGUUGCGCUGCAGCUUGUGUAUAGCAUGCUAAAAUUGUGUGUGUGUGUGUGUGUGUGUGUGUGUGUGUGUGUGUGUGUGUGUGUGUGUAAACUAAGGGUCCAAUUUAAGACUGGGUGAUGUUAGUGGCAUAAUAACAAGUUCUCUGGCCUGAUGCAUCACAUCACACACAUACACAUACAGAGAAAUUAGUGUAUCCAUGUAUGUCAAAUACAAGUUAAAAUAGCAGGGCAUUUAUAGAGUUGCAGUCUUCUAACAAAAGCAGACUGGAUCCCCAGACACGUUUGGGGAGAAAGUACUUUUUACUCUAUUUGUUUUCUAAGAAAUGUCCAGUUUUGAGUGAUUGUAGUAUGGAUGGAUUUUUCUGGUUUUGUUAAUUAUUUCAGGUUUUUAACAAAUAGUUCGCAAAAGACGCUAUUUGAUUUACCGCAGAGGAAAAAACUUUUUAGUCUGGAUUUCUGCCCUGCUUAGAUUUUUAAAAACGUAUAAGCAUGGAUUGCCAAUUCCACUUGAUGUAAACAAAACUUUUUAUACAUAAUAUAUAUAAUAACUUAUUGUAUCAGUCCAGGUUCAGAAACUUGUGGUAGGCCAGUUUCAGAUAGUUUCAUUUCACCUGUAAACUGUAUCACUUUUACUGAUAUUGUAAUUUUCAAAUGUAUAAUAUGUUUACAGAUAUGCCCUGCAUUUAGUGCUUUGUUCCUAGUUUGAUUUUUUUUGUUGAGUCUCCUGCCUGCUUGCCAAAAGCUAGGAUGCUUCAGGCCCGUGUACCAGUCAAAGGGAGGCAUCCUUGAGCUUUAAAGCAUUGAACAAACUGGAAAUUGCAACACGCCACAUACUGAACUGAAAAAAGUCUUGUGUUUUGUGUUUCUUUCUUUUUUUUUUUUUUAAUAAAAAUUUUCAAAAGUUAAAAAAAAAAGUUGAUUAAAGAAAAAAGAGGCUCCAGUUUGUUUUAUAGGUUUUAAAGUUCUGCUGUGUGUUUAAUUGCCUUGUGUAACCAACCACUUGUCGCCUUAGGGCCAAAUUCUUACCCAGUCUUUUUUUAAAUGUCCAUUUUGCUUGCCUGGAGUUUAAAGUUCUUGGGUUGCAUAAAUCACAAAAAACUUCCUUGGUUUGUGGCAUACAAGGUUGAACAUAAUCAAAAUGAAAAGAAAAAUCCAGUUUCUGAAUUGGGCUUUUAAACAUAGAAGUAAUGCUUAGUACCUUUAAAAGUCUUCACUUUCAUAAUUCCCUUUUCAUGUCCUUGAGACCUGUUCAGAGAAGCUAAAGAGAAUGUAUCUCUUCUCUGUUUGUCCAAAGGUUGAGAGUCUCACUUCUAAAUGAAACAAUACAACAUUUCACUUUGAUUGCUCCACUGAAAUUUUCUUGGUUGAUAUGGUUAAGAGGUAUAUCUGUCUCUGGGCUUUCUGGGAUCCCUAGUGACCCAUCAGAUUAACUGUCAGUAUUUUUUGGACAUUGGGUUAAUGGACUUAAUUGCCUCAGUACAAGCAGGAUUUGGGACAGAUCUCCUCUGUGCUGUUGGAUACUUGUCUCAAUAUUUCUCCUUAGGUCCUCACACAAUUCCUUACAGAGCACUUAUUAAAAAAAGUCUUACGAGUUCAUCUGUUUUCUGAUUAUUUUUGUGUAAGCUUCUAAAGAAACAUCAGCUGUGAUUAAUUUAGCACAUUUAAAUAACAGUAUGUUGUUGGCAUAAAGAAUUUUUCUUCAACUCAGAGUAUUAGUACUGUAGCAUAAACCAAAUACAGUCUAGAGGGGAUUUUUAACAUCCCUCCAUUUAAAAGACUGAAAAAGAUGUGUGUAUGGAUGUAUGUAUGUUGGGGUGCUUGUGUGUGAGGGAAAGAUGAAGAUACUAAGAAUUAGUAAAUGAAUGUGUAAGACAUUAUAUUAGUAUUCAGAGAAUGAAUCUUGUAUUUAUUUUGUGCCAUUUGUUUUCAUUACACAGAAUAAAGUCGGGUGGUUUAAAUCCUUAAAGGGUAGUACUAGAAAAAAAUGGCACUAAGGAUGAAAUCAUGACCUAUUUUUUUAAUAGCUAAGAAACUAAUUAUGGGUAAUGAUUUCUUUUUCAGUUGUCUUGAUUAUAAGUUUUGCGUCACAUACCACUCACUUUUGUGUAAAAUGUCUUGAAUAAUCUCCCUUCCCCACAAAACACAGGGUGUAUUUAUCUUUUCUCUAUUCACCCCCACUUCAACGACCUGAAGUUAAUUGAAUAGUGUUUCCUCUAACCUUAGUAAUGAACCUUCACAUCAAUAAAGUGUGUUUAUGGUGUCUAUAGUAGCCUGCCCUUCUCUACUGUCUAGGAGGAGGGGAUAGUCGAUAUCUAGAGACUUGUUAGUGACAACUUUUUGCUGUCCUCCAUCUACUUUCCUAGUUACCACUCAGAAUCUGCACAAAUGAAAAAAAUGUGUUUUUUUUUUUUAAUGAGUUUUUAGAGAAAAUAAGGUAAACCCCAAUUGAUGUAGUUUAUUCACACAAUAGGACACAGCAGCAGCAGUUUCACACUUGGUGGUUAGGCUUGUUGCCAGCUCUCACCAAAAGUUUUUGUUUGUUUUGUAAACUUUAAGGUCAGAGAAAGGGUAUGUAAUAUGAACUACCAAAUGGCCACAGGGAAGGAAAUUUAAGACUUGGCUCAAUUUAAAAGUCUGUCAAAUGGGGUGUGUGAGGGUGUCUCUCUAGCCACUUCAUGCUCAAAUAGCUAAGGGUUUGAUGCCACUUCCACUGGACCAUAUCUUCAAAUGACGCAAUUGCUUUUAUGUUAACCAGCUAAAGAACUAGUACAAUGUAGUGAGUGGGUCAAUUACAUGAAAUAGACAGUAGCAGCCUGUUGAUGUAUGCCUGCCAGGGUGGACUUGGAUAGGACUGUCUCUACCCAUUAGAAAGGGUGGGAUUUGCUUAUCUUCCCCUGUUCCUCAGUAGUUUGGAAAGGAAGCACAGGACCAGAGUAGAAGCAUGAGUAGCUGCUUAAAGAUGGCCAGAACAACACAGGCUAAUUAAUGAGUGUUUAGAAACACUUAGAUAUGUUAGAGGCAAGGCUGUUCUGUGUUGGUGUAAAGAAUGAUAAAUCAACUCCACUCAAGUGCUGAUUUAUGGAGUUUUAAGAAAGAAAACUUGAAGAAUUACAGGAUGCCAGCAGUAGUUUGAGAGUUAAGCUCUAUCAUUACAAUGCUCAACAAGGCAUCAGUAGCUUGUUUCUUUCAUAUUACAAAGGCUAUCAAAUAGCAGUUAGGAACUGGAAACUAACAGACACCUGAGCUGUAGUGGGAUUGCUGGUUCAGAUAUUUCCUAUUCAGAAAAUUUUGUUCUGUCCAGAGUUCUGAAGCCAUUUUACAUCAUUUUGGUGUCAGUUUUUUAACAGCCUUAUUAUAAAAGCUACAAAUGUUUACCCGCUAGUUCACUUUUGCUUUCACUGUAUAUCAGUUGUCAUCUACAGACCAAACCAACUUAGAUCAACAUUACAGUAGCUUUCCAUCUAUACCCCUUUUUCCUCAGGUGCUAAACAAAGGCUCCGGAAUGAAUACUGCUUUAGUGACAUCUGUUUCCUUAAAAUGCACAUUUCUUUUGCUAAUUGUAAAGAUUUGGUGUUAACAAAGUGGUUUUAAUAUGUAAAUAUAAAUGAAUACCUUAAGUUAGUUCUAUUUGUCUAUUAAGUCUUUGCAUUUAUCUUUUGUAGAUAAUUUUUCACAACCUUGAUUACAUUUCAUUAGGUAUUAUUGCAUCUUUAGAAUGAAAACAACUUUUGUCUUAGAUAACGCCUGCUGCUGCUGCUGCUGCUAUGGGAAACUGAAAAUCAAGAAUGUGAUGCACUUUUUAACAUUACUAUAUACCAUAGGUUGCUUUAAUACCUUUUCUCUGUAGCACAGCCACUAACAAAAGUGAACAGAGUUUAUAAUUCUCUUCAGGAGUGAGUCAGUAGUCUGUAGUUUGUGUUGACCUAUGAAGGGGACAAUAACUUAGGAAUAAACUUUUGGUUAAUAUUAUACUUUUUGGCCUUAAAGUGUCUUCUACUACUGAAAAUAGUUUAAAUCUUAGCUUUGUUUCUAUUACUCCCUCUCUGCUUUAAAAAGAAUUGGGAUGAAUUAAAGGAAGUAAUUUUUUUUUUCAAUCAGUAAGCUGGCUUUUUUUUUUUUUCCAAUUUGUAUCAGAGAAGUAAUGCUGCCCUGAACCAGUCAUAUUUAGUUUAACAAAGCUCCCAACUAUUCUGCUUCUCUAGUAUAUAUUUUACUUAAGAAAGGUAAACAAAGUAUAAGAAUGCUACUUGACAAAGGAAAAAUCUUCUCAAGCACAUACUCAAAACAUGAAGGAGAAAAAAAAAACCAAAAUGUGUAGGAGAGGAACACCAAAUGAGGUGGAGGAAUAUGAGAAAGAUAUGUGGUCCAAAGCUAUCUGGUUAUAUUUUGAUGUUGCCAAUAUUACAGAGCCAAAAUUUUAAUUUGCUUACUUAAUAUAUUUGUUGGCCAGAGAUCUAUUUUUAUAUCAGUGUGCCUUGCAUGUAUAUUAACUUUUGGAAAGGCCAUGUAGUAAUGCCUGAGAUGCUGAUGGUUCUUACCACCUCACUGAUUUUUAUGCAGUUGAAAUGCUCAUUCUAUUGCCCAACUGGUGCUCUCUGUUGUCAUAGAUCUUGUCAAACUGGAACUCUUUUAUAAACUGGGGAAGUGACUUGCUUUUUCACUAGUUCCUCUCUCCCCAUCUCCUCUCUUUCUCCCCCCACCCCCAGUUUGUUAGUGGCUGAUCUGUAGUGGGAAAUAGUAAAAAGGAUUCUUCACUACCUACCCCACCCCCAACACCACCUUCAAGUAAUGUGAUGACACCAUUUCUUUGUGCGCUUUGAAAAAAGUUUCAGCUUGCUGUCUCCUUUAGUGUUAUGAAAGGUGUUAUUAAAAGCAUUGUUUGCAAAAUACAGGAAGAUGAUGGGAGUCCACAUCAAUUGGGGAUUCUUUGUGAGCUUUGAUCCAAAUUAUUGGCUCUUUCCAACAAAAAUUUUUUAUUGUUAAAGCACCUUGCUUAGAAAAUUUUAAAUAUUCAUGUCUGCAACAAUUGUCUCAAUAAUAAACUGUGCAAUUCUUGUCAUUCAAAAAACAAAAACAGAUCUGAACUCCCUAAUGUGACUUGUUAGUUUCUGUAUUUCCUGCCAGUGUAAAUGUGAAAAGCUUUGCUUGCAUUACGUUUUAGAAAUGCAUUUUGCACACUCAGUUUUGCCGAAGCUCCGUGAAAAGGUUAGAUCUAAGUAGAUGAAUAAAGCUAUGCACAUGUUUUGAAAGUUUAA